AUGUCUCAGAGUUCUCCCUCAAAGAAAUCGUCUCCUCCCUCUGAAACAGCAUCAGGAUCUAGGGCACCAAAUAUGGUGAGUGAUCAAGAUGUUGUGUUGAAUGUUGUGCCAUUGAACACUGUUCCUGCUACCGAUCCUGAUGAUGUUGAGACAUCUGUUGAUAACAAUGAUGAGACCCCUGGUGCCAAAGAUGUUGAGACAUCUGAAGCUAUCAAUGUUGAAACAUCUGGUACUAACGAUGCUGAGAUUCUUGAACCUGAGAAAGCUGAAGAGGUUCCUGUUGCUCCUUCUAAAGAAACUCUUAAUGAAGGCCCUACUGUGCAUGAUGUGGUGAAUCUGGAUGAUCUGGAUGAUUCUAUUGACAUUGCUGAUGAUGAGCUCAUCUCUAGCAUCUCUCAUAGAGUCAAGACUCGUAAGGGCAAACAGGUUUGUGAUCAAGAUUUCUCCAAACCUCAAGUUACUCAUCAAAAGAAGGUCACUAUAAAGAAGAUCAAGAAGGUCCUUGCUGAACCUUCAACCACUGGGAGCAAGAUUGCUGUGAAGAAGAGGAAGGAAAGAAGUGUUUCUGCCCCUGAAGACGAUGUCUUAAGUGAUGAAUUUAUUGUGAAUUUGUCUCAAGAUUGUGGUGAUGGAAGAACUGAUGAUUUUCAUAAGGUGUAUGUUAGAAGAAAGUGUAUAGAUUUUUCCCCUGCUGUUAUCAACCUAUAUCUAGGUAGAGAUGCUGAGGCUCAACCUGAGCUUGAAGUAACUGACAAUGAAGUUUGCAAUGUUAUCACUGGUGGUAAGGUCAAGAAAUGGCCCAUAAAGAGUAAAUUGUCUGCUAGUCUUUUGAAUGGCAGGUAUGCCUUGCUGCACAAAAUUGGUGCUGCAAACUGGGUGCCUACCAAUCACACUUCUACCAUUGCUGUUGGCCUAGGUAAAUUCAUUUAUGCUGUGGGAACCAAGACAAAAUUUGACUAUGGGACCUACAUAUUUGAUCAAACUAUGAGGCAUGCUGGUACCUCUGCUACCAAGCUCCCCAUUGCAUUCCCAUCCCUGAUAUGUGGGAUAAUCCUCAAGCAACACCCUGGAAUUCUGAAAAGUAAAGAUUCUGUAUGUAAGAGGGAGAGUGCUUUGUCUUUUCACUACAAGCUGCUCCAAAGGUCUGAUGACAUGACAUCUGCAGGGACAUCACAACCCAGCAAGUCUGUGAACAAAGCCCUUCUUAUUGCUGAGCUGAAAGAGACUUGUAAGGAGUUGGACAACAGGAAGAUGAAGCUUGAAAAGCUCAUCCAAAGUCUUGAGCAGUCUACAGAUGAUGAUCUUGCUGGUGGAAGGGAUGGUGACAAUAUGGAUGAAGACUGA